UCUCGUCGGGUUCCAGGUGGUCGCGGCCCGCGUGAGCCAAGAACCUCCGCCGCACGAUGGAGUGCGUGAGCGUGCUGCGGAGACAUGUGUCAAGACAGAGUCCACGUCCCGCCCCUGCCCUUUCCAACCCCAACUCCAGCCUCUAGUGCACCUGAGGUCCGGGCGGCCUCGGAAGAAGCUACGGAUGAACUCCUGCAUCUCGUUCUCCCGCGCCAUUUUGCUCCACCUGGGAUUGGUGGCUCCCGCCUUUUUUUCUCUUCGGCCUCCGUCACCGCGUUUGACAGGAGCUUGCGCACUCGCAGGGUCGCGGCGCCGUGAGAGGGACCGUUGGGGGUUGGUCGCGGGUCGCUUGGACCGAGAACUUUGCCGGACAAAACUUGCCUCAGGUAGUUGGAGGGGUUCGCGGCUCCUCCCUUUUCUUAGGGUCAAUCGUUUUUUAAAAAUCCUCGUUAGAAACCGACUCGACGCCGGCAGCCUUCGGGUGUAAUAACGUAAUCAACCCGCGACACUGCCUCCGUCCGUGGUCACGGGCACUAGCUAGGCCGCAGUGAUUUCAAAAGACAGAUGAAAAAAGGAUAUCCUCGCCUGAAGACUAGGAAUCCCUGGGGGAAAGGCUUGUGGGUUGCGAUUGCUAAGCACAUCCAGAAUCCGCAAAGGUACCUCCGGCGUCCGCCAUCUUUAUGACAUCAUCGCGUCGCGGCGACGCCAUCUUCAGCGUAGCCCCUGGAAGCUACGUUCUUUUCCCGGUGUUCCUAAGAGGGCAACCCUUGUGGUUAAGAGCCUUGGGCGCGGGGUACGCUGGGAGUUGUAGUCCCGGCGGACACAGCCUUACGGAGUCUCCGGAAGCAGAGGCGUGAGAGGCGGGGCUGUGCGCAGGCUCUGGGUAGCGGGACGGCCGACAACUGCGGGACAUUGCUCCUGGGGCAGGUCAUGAACGGGCCGGCGGACGGCGAAGUGGACUACAAGAAGAAAUACCGGAACCUGAAGCGGAAGCUCAAGUUCCUCAUCUACGAACACGAGUGCUUCCAGGAGGAGCUGAGGAAGGCGCAGAGGAAGUUGCUGAAGGUGUCCCGGGAUAAGAGUUUCCUCCUAGACCGACUUCUGCAGUACGAGAACGUGGAUGAAGAUUCUUCUGACUCAGAUGCCACUGCAUCUUCAGAUAACAGCGAGACAGAGGGAACACCCAAGUUGUCGGACACGCCAGCCCCCAAGAGGAAGAGAAGCCCUCCGCUGGGGGGUGCCCCCUCCCCCUCCAGCCUCUCCCUGCCUCCUUCAACGGGGUUUCCCCUUCAGGCCUCCACGGCCCCCUCCCCGUACCUGAGCUCGGUGAGUUGUGGUCAAGGCUUGCUUCCCCCCCCCUACCCCCCAUUCCCUUCUGACUACCUGGCCCUGCAGCUGCCCGAGCCCAGCCCCCUGAGGCCCAAGCGGGAGAAACGGCCCCGCCUGCCCCGGAAACUCAAGAUGGCGGUGGGCCCCUCCGACUGCCCUGUGGGAGGGCCGCUGACCUUCCCAGGCCGGGGCUCUGGGGCCGGGGUGGGGGCAGCCCUGGCCCCACUGCCCCCACCCAAGAUGCCUCCUCCCACGAUCCUGAGCGCCGUCCCUCGGCAGAUGUUCAGCGACGCGGGCAGCGGGGACGAUGCCCUGGACGGGGAUGAUGACCUGGUGAUCGACAUCCCAGAGUGACCCCCUCUCUGGCCGAGCCCCCGCCCUGUGCCCGACGCCAGCACACACGAGCCCCCAGCUUCCGCAGAGACGUUUAUUGACGCCCAGUUGCCAUGCCGCGGCCACUGACACGAUCAGAAGAGGCGUAAACAUGCACGGAUGUCUCCCGGGAGGUGGGUCCCCGCGGGGGUGGGGGUGGGGGGGAGGGCAGAGGCCCUGCCCUCCCAUCCUGGCCCCAUCCAGGGGACAGUUCUUUAAAUGAGUGGCCGGGAGCAUCUGCCACCUCUGGGAGAGGCAGAGAGCCUGCGGUGGCCCCCCCAUUUAAAAGGGCAGCUGUACAGGGCUAGGUUGGUUCGUUGGUUUUUAAGGAAGAUUCUGUAUUAAAGGAGUGGCUCUUUUUUUUGUUUUUGUUUUUUGUCCUUCUCUUUUUUGGAGACAUUCCCCUCCUCCGAACCCCCCUGAAUCUGACCUCCUCCCUGUGGGCCG